AUGUCGAAGUCCUACCACAUAUCGAUGAAGGAGGAAGGAAGAAAACGCGGUAUUAAGCGAGGUGUUAGGGGCUCGUUCAAGGGAGAAAUUAUUGAAUUAUCGGACUCAGAUGACGCCGGACCAGUCGCCGGACCAUCUGUCAGGACAGUGCCGAAAGCCUUUGAUAAUCGACAUUCCGAUCCAUUCCUGAGCUCCCCAGAGAAGCAUACGGCGUCCACAUCUGAGCUCGUUGUUCAGGAGACUGACACUGAUAGCGAGUCUGAAUCCGGCGGACAACCCCACUAUGCUCCGAAGAACGUUAAAUCUCCCUGGAUGCGCCGAACAGUCAUUACAGAUUCUGAAGAUGAAUUUGAAGCGGACAUUGACGCUGCAAUUGCUGAUAUUAAUAAUAGAAAGGCUGCCAAAGACAACGAUGACGGUGCACUACUAGUCAUGAACGAUCCACCGCCUUCGCGCAAACCGGUGCUGAGGGAUGGCAGUCCUUCAAAGGCGAAAGCGAAACGACCGCUUGUUUCCCCACUCGUGCAUGCAACGCCGAGUGGUGGGCUUUCCAUCACAGCAGAUCCGUCGCCAGUACAAACUCCUGUCUUGCCUCGACCGAAGGGCACGCCAGACAAGCAAACCAAGUUGCACGAUUUCUUCUCUCCUGGUGGCAAAAGAGUCGCGAUAGACGGUGUCGAAGGAGAUUCUGUUAUUGGCAUACCAACGACGAUGGCAGAGCCCGCAACACCAGCUCGUGCGAAACGUAAGACUAAGAAAGCGAUGCAGGAAGAAAAGCGAGCGCAGUUAGCUACGUAUGCACAGGCGUUAUUCGACGAGCUUAAUGCUUCCGUGUUCAAGCGUGGGCUACCGAAGGAAACCCCACUGAUCUGGAACAAUAGGCUUUUAGCUACUGCGGGCCGGGCAAAGUGGCACAAGGAUAGCAAGGGAAUCGAGACUACGUGUAUCGAACUUGCUACUAAGGUGCUCGACUGCGAGGCUGAGCCUUCGCAAGAACGUAUCCGAAACACGCUUUCACACGAAAUGUGUCAUCUUGCGUGCUGGGUUAUUAACCGCAAUCCAAAAGAGAACCACGGUAGAGAGUGGAAAGCCUGGGUGAAUAAAGUCAUGCAAAAGAGGCCAGAUAUCUCUAUCUCUACGAAGCAUUCUUAUGACAUUACAUACAAAUAUGAAUGGCAGUGUCAGACGCCAUCUUGUCGGAAAAUAUAUGGCCGACACAGCAACUCCAUCAACGUCGAAACAAGUGUUUGUGGUAUCUGUAAAGUAGGCGAUCUUGUCCCGCUCUUCAAAACACGAGCAAGAAAGACGAAGGCAAUCAGCAAAAUGGAAGCAGAUAAAACCCAAGGUUCGCCGGUGCUUAGUGCACGCCGACCCACGAACGUGGAAACUCCUACACGUUCACCAUUCAAGCCUAUUCAGCACAAUGGAGUGAUCGCCAUUACGCUGGAUUCGGACUCGGAGCAUGGUGGAGAGACUGGUGCAGGCACUGACACGGACGAAUCCAUUGUGCCUACUCAGAAGCAUCAACCCAACGCAGAUGUCAAAGAGAAAUCUGCUUCUUCCAUUGACACUUCCAAGGAUCUCCAUAUCCCUGCGAAGGAAAGCAUGGAUGCAGAGGAUGUUCGCAAACUCGUAACACACUUAUCCUUCAUUGACCUCACAAAUGACUGA